UACGUUACGAUAUUUUUCGAAGACCAUACAUCUGUAGCUUUAGUGUUAUUUCUAGGCAUUCUCGUUGACAUUUUUAAUGCCGAUAAUUCAGUGAUAAGAAACGUAAUUAUUUUCAUAAGAAAUAAUUGAAUUUGAAUAUUCAGUGCUCAACGUUUUGCUAGUUUUCGUGUGGGGGGGUGUUAUUUCAAAGAUGGCGAUGUUUACUCGCCUAAUAGCGAAAUGUCAAACGUCAUUGCGCAAUUUAUGUUUAUAUAUUUUAUGUUUUGAAAGCUUUCACGAAGCCUUCGAAAGCUACGAUUCAAAAUACCGUAUGAUAAUGGUGGAAAAAUGGGUCAGAAGCUCGAAAGUGAGAUUUAUGUGACUGACUUCGAUUGAGUGAGCUUGUAAUGUGUGGUGCUGGUGUAUAGUGGAAGAAAAUACGAGAUUGCGGAAUAGCGGCGCAUUCAAUCGCAAAACAGCUGAUGCAGCUUCGGUCUUCGCGUUCGGCGAAUUGGAGCGUUAAAUACGCCCAGCUGUUCUAACCUCGAACUCGAUUGUUCUCUUGUACAAAUAACAGUAAAAAAGUAAUGGAUUCCGGGGAAGAAGUAGGAGGCAACAAAGCCGAAGAUGAAACAUCAUUGAUGAUGGAAUUGCCAUCAUCUCCUUCGAAAAGUUCAAUGGUUGUAGGCGAGACAGCAUCUUUGGCUCCAGUGAUCAUAGAAGAACUCGAAGAGAGUGAAAUGCUGGACGUAAACAUGAGUGAGUUUGUGGAAGCUAAAGCCCUGAAAGUCUACGAAGUUAUUGAUCAUAAAAGUAUGGAAGUGGAUGACGAUGAAGCAGAGCUUCAGGCACUGGGAUUAGAAAUCUCUGACAUGGAAGAUCAUGACGCUUUAACUGCGACAGAAGAAGAUAUUUUAACUCAUCAAUUCAUCAACGGAGAAUUAACAUUUUCUGAGUAUUCUAGUAGAAUGGAUAAGAAUUUGGACCUCGAAGGAACAGAAUUGGAGACCACGAGAACGGCGGCACAAAAUGCAAAAGCAGGGACUGAACAAGGUGAAAAAUCAGGGCAAAAAGCUUGGAAUUCUUCAGCGAAUCGAGGAAAGCGAAGAAGAAGAAUUCUUCCUCCAGCUCUCCAGGGUUUGAUGGGCGAGGCGAAUCUGAGAUUCGCUCGCGGAGAAGUGGAUCUCGCAGUGCAAAUGUGCAUGGAGAUCAUAAGACAAGUACCGAGUGCUCCAGAACCAUUCCAAACUUUAUCAAUGAUUUACGAAACGGACCAGCCAGAAAAAUCUUUACAAUUCUCUCUGAUAGCUGCACAUUUGAGUCCAAGAGAUGCGGAUCAGUGGUUGAGGCUAGCAAACCUUUCCUUGGAAGCGGAUGAUGUGAAACAAGCGAUAACUUGCUACUCCAAAGCAAUUCAAGCCAGUCCAACAGAUAUAUCGUUGUACGAAGAGCGAGCGAAGCUGCAAGAGCGCAGCGGAGACAAGAGAGCCAUGCUGAAGGGUUACAUGAAACUGUUGAAUCAGUUGGGACCCGAAGAUGGUCAAAACAUUGUCAAUUAUUCCAAGCUUCUGGCCCAAAAAUACAUGCAAGAGGACAACAAUGAACAAGCAUUGGAAGCGAUGGAUCACAUUUUCACAAAAUGUCCAGAAAGAGUGACUCUCGAAGAGGUCAACAUAAUGACUGAACUGUUGAUAGCGCUCAAGCAAUUUCUUCGAGUUCUCGAUGUUUUAACGACUUACACGAGUAUCAAAGUGAUCUAUAAAGAAUCAAUGUCAGAAAAUCGAGAAAUCGAACGUUGUGAGAUCGAGGAAGAAGUCGUGGUCGAUUUGAAGGCAAAAUGCAUUGUAACGCUCGUGGAAUUGAAUCAGGUUCACAUCGCUGAAGAGCACUUGAAGAAACUUUUGGAAAACGAAGAUCCUGAAGUCUCGGGUGAUUUAUAUCUCGACAUAGCCGAAUCGUUGAUGGCCAAAAAAGAAUUUGAACGCGCCCUCACGGUCCUCGAGGCUUUGGUCAACAGCAAAAACUUCAGUUUAGCAGCAGUUUGGCUCAGACAUGCGGAAUGUUGGAUCGGCUGUAAAAACGUGAAGAAAGCGAUGAAAUCUUACGAAGUCGUGAGGGAAUUAUCUCCUGGACAUCUAGGAGCGAGAAUUGAACUUUCCAAAUUGUAUAAACUCACGGGCAUGUACGACCGAGCUAUAGAAGUACUGCAACAAGAUCCUGAAGUAGACGUGCUUGAUCCCACAGUGAUUUAUCGUCAAGCACUUUUGCUUUUGCGUACGGAGCGUUGGGAUGAGUUUUUCGAAGCCGGGAAAUUGCUCCUUUCUCGUCAUUGCGUGCAUUUGCGAUCAAAAGCCGAGUUGACGUCUCUGACGAAGACAAAUGGUGUGCGUCAGAGACGAGACGCUCUGCAGCUUUACCGUUUGUCGCUCGGUGAAAAUUUCGAGGAGGAAAAUCCUCCAGUUUUCAGUAAAAACAACGAUAUUUCUGUCAAAUGCGAAUUUUCGUUUUUCCUACGAAUGUGCAGAGCCGCCUUCAGGCUCAAGCGAUUUGGAACUCUCCAAAGAAUCUGCUUCAGCGCUUUGACCUCCAAGAAGUUCGAGAAAAAAAAUUCUCACAUCAUUUGUUUGUGCCUCAUCGCCUGCAUUCAUAACAACGACUCUUUUCACGGAUACAAUUUGGUUCGCGACUUGGUCCGCGUUUAUCCACGAUCGAAUACUUGGAAUCUGCUCAAUAUCGUCAUCCAACGAGCCGACGACACCAGACACAAUCGCUUCAUCAUGCGCAUCCUCGGACGCGAAGACGCUUUUUCUUAUCUACAAAUAUUACACGCCAAUAAUUGCCUCGUUUCUGGUACUUACAAAUACGCCCUCAACGAUUAUGUUUCCCUCUUCAAAGCUCAGCCCAGCGGGCUACUUGCUCUCCUCAUUGCUGUCAUUUUCAUGCAAAUGGCUUGCCAAAAGUUUGCUAGUAAAAAACAUCAACUCGUUUCUCAAGCUUUCGCAUUUUUCAACAAAUAUGUCCAACUACGCGAGACCGAGGCAAGGCACGAGUGCCAUUACAACAUGGCUCGAGCUUUCCAUCAACUCGGGUUGCUUCCUGGUGCCGUGCAUCAUUACAAAUUAGUCCUGGAAACUCCACCGUCGACAUUUCCUUCCAAACAUCCCGAACGCUUGGAUCUCAAACGCGAAGCUGCUUUCAAUCUUCAUUUAAUUUACAUGCAGUCAGGAAAUCCUGAGUUGGCGACCAGUUAUCUCGAAGAUUACAUCGUCGUUUAAUAUCAUU